AUGAAUAUAUUUAAACGAAUACUAUCGUUUAAAAUUAAUGAACAAAAACAGUUCUUCAGAUGUUUUUGUAGCUCUGAUAAUACUUUAGAGACAAUCAAGUCCAAUCAAUUUCAGUGGCCUAAGGACUACAACAAUGUUCCACUGGAACCCAAUGUUACUAAUUUUUCUACUAUUAGUCCAGCAUUAAACCCUACAUUUAAUCUGGCUGCAUAUGUUAAUGAAUCAUAUUCACUACAACAAUUAGUCAAACUUGGCGUUGAAAUUUAUAAAUUUGACAAUAAUCCUAAUGUAAUGGAAAUGAUAUUGAAAUUAGAUUUUGAACGUGAUAUGAAACCGUAUAUAAGAUUUAUUCAUGAUUGUGGAGUACCAGUUGAAGAAUUGGGAAAAUUUCUCACAAAAAAUCCUAUGAUAUUUUCUGAACAUAUGGAUGAUUUAAUAACCAGAAUAAAUUAUUUAGAAUAUAAAAAAUUCAAUAAAGAAAUGAUAAGUACUAUAAUCCGAAAACACCCAAAAUGGUUGUCUCAAAGUACAGUUGACAUUGAUACCAGUCUUGGAUUUUUCCAAACUAAUUUCUUUCUUUCUGGUGAUAAUAUCCGUAGUGUAGUUACUAAAUUACCAAAAUUGAUUACUUGGCCAAAAAAAUCGGUAAAUUUAAUAAUGUUUUCAUUGAUUGAAGAAAUGGGUUUCAAUAAAAGUGAAAGGAAAAGACUAUUACAAAUCCAUCCCAAAUUAUUUGUAAUGUCUAAAAAUCAUUUAUUACAACGGUUCAACUACAUACAUCAUACUAUGGACAUAAAUCACGACCGCAUUGUCCUUGAACCUCAAGUAUUGACCAGUCGUUUAUUUAGAAUCAAACAGAGACAUGAGUAUCUGCAAUAUUUAAACCGAGCACAAUAUGACCCAACAAAGCCCAAUUAUGUACCACUUUCAAAAUUAGUUUCAGGAGAUGAUUCAGAAUUUUGUAUAAACCUUGCUAAGACUAGUGUUGAAAUGUUUAAUACAUAUCUGAAGACUAGUCAAUAA